GCUGUCUCUACGCUUCAGUCCCUCCAGCCAUGGGCACGCUUGACGAGCGCGAGUACGACGACAAAGAGGCCGGUGCCGACUUGGAGAAGGUCGCCUCGAACACUUCGCAGGGAUCCACGGAGCAGGGCACGGAGGUUAAGACGUUCAAACGCUCCAGAUGGCUUCGCAUGCCGUUCGUCCCGGUAAACCCGCCGCCGCCGAAGGCUUCCAUAGACGACGCGGAAUUCCUCCCGGAGACGACCGCAGGCUGGUUUAACAUCGUCACCUUUGGAUGGAUCAUGCCCCUGCUCGCGCUGGGCUACGCACGGCCCCUCGAGGCUUCGGACCUGUACAAGCUCCAUGAAAACCGUUCUGCUGCCGUUAUUGCCGAGAAGAUUAACAAGUCGUUCGAGGCGCGCAGACAAAGAGCGGACGAGUACAAUGCUCGGCUCGCGAGCGGCGAGGUCUCGCCGGGGUGGCGCAGGGUCUGGUGGGCCCUCCGCAGGAACAGAGCGGAGCGCGAACGUCAAUGGCGAGAGAAGGACGGACGUAAGAAGCCGAGUCUCACACUGGCCAUCAACGACAGUGUCAAGUUCUGGUUCUGGUCUGGUGGAGUCAUGAAAGUCAGCGGUGAUAUCGCCAACAUCUUGACUCCCUUGGUCGUAAAGGCUCUCAUCAACUUUGCCACCGAGUCCUACACAGCAUUCAACCAAGGUAGCACCGGGGACAUACCUCCGAUUGGCAAGGGCAUCGGUCUCGCCUUCGUUCUUCUGGCGAUGCAGCUCUUCUCCUCCCUCGGUCAGCACCACUUUUUCUACCGCAGCACCUCCACUGGCGUGCUUGUGCGCGGCGGCCUGAUCACCGCCAUCUACGACCGCUCUCUCCGCCUCAGCUCGCGCGCGCGGACCACCCUGACGAACGGAAAGCUGGUCAACCACAUCUCGACCGACGUCUCGCGCAUCGACUUCUGCUGCGGCUUCUUCCACCUCGCGUGGAUCGCGCCGAUCCAGAUGGCCAUCUGUCUCGCGCAGCUCCUCGUCAACCUGGGGCCGUCCGCGCUCGCGGGGUUCGCCUUCUUCGUGCUCUGCACGCCCAUCCAGACACACGUCAUGCGCCGGCUCAUGGGCCUCCGCCAGAAGAGCAUGACGUGGACGGACAAGCGCGCGAAGCUGCUGCAGGAGCUCCUCGGGGGCAUGAAGAUCAUCAAGUUCUUUGCGUGGGAGAUCCCGUACCUGAAGCGCAUUGGCGAGUUCCGGAUGAAGGAGCUCAAGUACAUCCGGUCGCUGCUCAUGAUUCGCGCGGCGAACAACGCGGUCGCUAUCUCGCUGCCGGUGCUCGCGUCCGUCAUCUCCUUCGUGGUUUACUCGCUCUCUGGCCACACGCUGCAGCCUGCGAACGUUUUUGCUUCGCUUACGCUGUUCCAGCUCCUCAGGCUGCCACUGAUGUUCUUACCCUUGUCAUUCAGCGCCAUCGCCGACGCUAAAAACGCUCUCGGCCGUCUGUAUGGUGUCUUCGAGGCCGAGACGCUCACCGACACAAAAGUGCAGGACGCAGACAUGGAUGUCGCCGUCAUGGUCGAGCACGGCGAUUUUACCUGGGACGCCCCGCCUCCGGAACACGAGUCCAAGAAGAAGGGCAAGAAGGACAAGGCCGAGUCCAAGCCUGUCGAUACGAGUGCCCAGCCCGAGAAGGUAUUCUCGCUGAAGGACAUUAACAUGGAAAUUCCUCAGGGCCAGCUCACCGCGAUCGUUGGCCCCGUGGGCACGGGCAAGACGUCGCUGCUGGAGGCGCUCAUCGGCGAGAUGCGUCGCACCCACGGCGAAGUGCGCUUCAACGGCUCGGUCGCGUAUUGCCCGCAGAGCGCAUGGAUCCAGAACGCGACGAUCCGGGAGAACAUCACGUUUGGACGGCCAUUCGACGAGCGGAGGUACUGGAAGGCUGUGCGCGAUGCGUGUCUGGAGACGGACAUCGACAUGAUGCCCAACGGGGACCUGACUGAGGUCGGAGAGAGGGGCAUCUCCCUCUCCGGUGGCCAGAAGCAGCGCAUCAACAUCUGCCGCGCGAUCUACGUCGACGCGGACAUCCAGAUCUUCGACGACCCGCUCUCGGCGCUGGACGCGCACGUCGGCAAGUCCGUCUUCAACAACGUCUUCCUGAGCGCGAUCGCGGGCAAGACGCGCAUCCUCGUCACGCACGCGCUGCACUUUUUGCCGCAGGUUGACUACAUCUACACCGUCGUCGACGGGCGCGUCGCCGAGCGCGGCACGUACGCGGAGCUCCUCGCGCGCGACAACGGCGCGUUCGCGCGGUUCGUGCGCGAGUUUGGCGCCAAGGAGGAGCAGGAGGAAAAGGAGGAGGAGGACGCGGUCGAGGAGGUCCGCCCGGGAGACGAGAAGAAGGGAAAGAAGAAAGGCACGAGCGGCGCGCCGCUCAUGCAGGCUGAGGAACGCAACACCGGCGCCGUCAGCGGCUCUGUCUAUAAGCAGUAUCUGAAAGCGGGCAACGGCCAGAUCUUCAUCCCGCUGCUGAUACUGUCUCUCGUGUUCUUGCAAGGUGCCCAGGUCAUGUCGUCGUACUGGCUGGUGUACUGGCAGGAAGAGAAAUGGCCACAGCCUCAAGGGUUCUAUAUGGGCAUAUAUGCUGGCCUUGGCGUGUCCCAAGCAAUCGGCUUCUUCCUUAUGGGUCUUAUGUUCUCUUUCCUGACAUACUACGCCUCGCGUGGACUGCACAGAGCUUCAAUCGAGCGAGUCAUGCACGCACCCAUGUCCUUCUUUGAGACUACACCCCUCGGUCGCAUCAUGAACCGGUUCGCCAAGGACAUUGAUACAAUCGACAACAUGCUCGGCGACGCCCUCCGCAUGUUCUUCUCGACGCUGAGCAACAUCCUUGGCGCAGUCAUUCUCAUCGCGAUCGUCCUCCCGUGGUUCCUCAUUGCCGUGUGCAGCGUCUCGGUGCUCUACCUGUGGGCUGCAAUGUUCUACCGCGCGAGUGCGAGAGAGCUGAAGCGUCUUGAUGCGAUUCUCCGGUCGUCGCUAUAUAGUCACUUCUCUGAAUCGUUGUCUGGGUUGACCACGAUCCGUGCCUACGGCGAGCAGGAGCGGUUCCUUCAUGAGAAUCAGAAGCGAGUCGACAUUGAGAACCGCGCAUACUGGCUGACGGUCACCAACCAACGUUGGCUGGGUAUCCGUCUCGACUUCCUCGGGAUUCUCCUUACCUUCGUCGUCUCCGUCCUCACUGUGGGGACGCGCUUCCAUAUCUCUCCCUCUCAGACGGGUGUCACGCUGUCGUACAUCAUCAGCGUACAGCAGGCCUUCGGCUGGCUCGUCCGACAGAGCGCAGAGGUUGAGAACGACAUGAACAGCGUUGAGCGCAUCAUCCACUACGCGAACGAGCUUGAGCAAGAGCCCCCACACCUGCUCCCCGACGCGAAGCCGCCCGCACCAUGGCCGUCCAAGGGUGCCGUCGAGAUGAACCAGGUCGUGCUCAAGUACCGCCCCGAGCUGCCCGAAGUGCUGAGGGGACUGACGAUGUCAGUCCGACCUGGCGAGAAGAUCGGCAUCGUCGGGCGCACGGGCGCCGGGAAGAGCUCAAUCAUGACGGCGCUGUACCGGUUGGUCGAGCUCACCUCGGGCUCGAUCGUCAUCGACGGCGUCGACAUCUCAAAGGUCGGGCUCACAGACCUGCGCCGCGGACUUGCCAUCAUCCCGCAGGACCCUCUUCUCUUCUCUGGUACCCUCCGCAGCAACCUCGAUCCGUUCGGCAACCACGACGACGCCCAGCUCUGGGACGCGCUGAAGCGGGCCUACCUCGUCGAGGACAGGCGCCUGCCGUCGAUCGACCUGCCCGACGACGACGCGACGCUCGCUGGCCAGCGCACACCGGCCAGCCGGUUCACGCUCGACAGUCCCGUCGAGGACGAGGGCGGGAACCUCUCCGUCGGCCAGCGCUCCCUCGUCAGUCUGGCGCGGGCCUUGGUGCUGGGCUCGAAGAUCUUGAUAUUGGACGAGGCGACGGCGUCGGUGGAUUACGAGACGGACAAGAAGAUCCAGGACACGAUCGCCACGGAGUUCAGGGACCGGACGAUCCUGUGCAUUGCCCAUCGUCUCCGAACCAUCAUCGGUUACGACAGGAUUUGCGUCAUGAAUGCAGGCACCAUCGCCGAAUUCGACACGCCCGAAAACCUGUUCGGGAAGCCCGGUGGCAUCUUCCACGGCAUGUGCGAGCGGUCGUCCAUCACCUUGGAAGACAUCGUUUUCGCUGGCAAGGCCAACAGGCAUCUGUAAACGCGCGUCCGCGGCGACGCAACUCGUCACGAUUCGCCUCUUGCUCCGUUCUUUACGCUUCCAACGCCGUGACGACCGACAUGUUUCAUGGAUUGCUAACGAUGCCUGCACGUCACGCAUACAUACAACCGAUAGCACGCGAUAGAUGAGAUGUGUCCUCCUGGACUACAAUCUGGAAAACAAUCUAUAAUCUUGCAUUCUUGGGCAUGCCACGCAUGGCCUGGCGAACGCCGAGGUCGGCGAGGACGUCUUCGGCUGGAAUUAGCGCAAUGUUUUAGUAGUAGAACACCCGAGUCUGGCGGCGAAGAAGUGUGUGUCGUACCUCCUCCGAGCAGACUGUCAAACGGCACUGCGCGAUAAAACUGCGGAGCGGGCAGAGAGAUCAAUGUUCGCGCUGCGGGCCAGCUGGGUAUCAUACUAGACGACGCACGUGUUCGAUCAGUCGGCCCAUCCCACCCUGUGUCACCCCUCGGCCGCCGAACAUCUGGACUGCGUCAACCGCGGACUGUUGGGCGCACCGGGUGCUGUACAUCUUCAAGAACGCGAGGGGUCUGUGGGCGAAAGGUUAGACCUGGCAGGAAGAGCUGACGUCCGAGAGAAAAGGCCGUGGCGUACCCGGCUAGUUUGUUGGCUUGUUUGGCGUACGACUACGGAGAAGGCAGCUUUUAGUGAGGGAGAGAGAGAGAGAGGUCAUGAGAUGAAGCCGCGGGACAUGCUUACCAUGUUGCACAUCUGGUAAGUGAUGUUCUCGAGCCAAUGUUGGACGCUCUCGGUACGUGCGAUCAUCUGAGCCAUCUUGCUGCGGACGACCGCCAGAGAGGCUAGCGGCUUCCCAAAGGCUUUGCGCUGGUGUAUCCACCUUCAUCGCACACUAAAUCAGUAUCGGAGAGGGUCAAGCUUCCACAGAACUUACUUCAUGCAUGAUUCGAUCAGCAACCUCUGGCUCCGCGCAGUGGUGCAGCACAUCACCCAUCGCUCAUGGUUGAAGUUACUGAGCCGUCGUGAGCAAG